AUGUCUCUUCCAGGCGCAAGAAAAGAUGUGGACGGGGACUACCUGCUCGUCGUUUCUGGUCAAUUGCGCAGAGCUCCUUACCUCGCGGACUGGAAAGCGUUCAAGGAUCAUAUCCGAAAGGUUGUCAAAGAGCAACCUGGAUGGUCGAAUGUAUGCGAAGGAAAAAUUCGAGGGGACAUGCAGGGAUGGUGCAGACUAAAGGAUAAGGAGGAUGCAAACUCGGUUUAUAGUGCCUACUCCAGACAAGUGGUGAUUCAUAUCUUCGCCACGAGUCUGCGUACAGGGUACUGGGACCUGCUUAAAUGCAACUGUAAUCGACAUUUUGGGGUGGGGGAAAGAGGCCACUCCCCUGGUCGAUCUGGAAUCGAUGUCAACGCUGUCAACCAAGUCUUCGGUAAACGAGAAAGCGCCCCCGCACCCUACCAAGCAGUGCCGGCGCAGCCGUCUUACCAAUACGCCAAUUACUACCAGGCUACAACUUACCCGCAACCAUUAGUCUAUCAAUACCCGGGUACACCGAUCCAGCCGGUAUAUUCACAGAGCUCCGGAGGCCUACCUGUGAAUUUGAGUAGGGGCGCGGUAAUUACCGAGACACGUGGCAUCUUCCUCCAGGGCCUUAAUUACAGUGUAGGGAAUAGCGAGCUUGCAACACUGCUGAACAAUGCUGGUUUGCGCCCGGAGCGAGCCAGUGUGCACAAGGAUUCAAGGGGUGCUUCCAAGGGAGUGGCGACAGCAAGGUUCUCGACGAAAGCCGAGGCUGAAUAUGCAGUCUCUAAGCUCAAUGGCACAACGCAUGCUGGAAAGACUAUUAUUGUGCGCAUGGACACGAACUCCACCGUGCUCGGUUCGCUGGAGCCUUUCGUGGUUGAUGGCACGAACAAAUCUGGGUAUUAGGUCGACGGUUAUCGGAGCGCCAAGGAUGCAGAACUACUGUACCGAAGAGACACAGCGUCUCAUCGUGGUGGCCGUGCGACGUGCCUGGGGGGCAGGAUGGGAGUCCGCGCGGGCUUCAGGCCGUUGUUCGUCAAUGAUGACGACUUUGACUCAGAUUUUCUUUGCCGAAGGUCUCUCGAGCAGUAAAUGUACAUUUCGG